AUGUUCAAAACUCGUCCGGUUAUUAUGCUUAUUUUGAGAAAUAUGAUGAAUUUAGAUGUUGGAUUACAAAAGGAAAAUGAUUGCUGGUGUAUUAAAAGAACUAAAGAAACCCGUAGACUUAGUACAGUUGAAUUAAGCGAAGUACUCGAUUUCAAAGAAGAAAAAGCCUUUUUCUUAAUGUUGACAGCCUUUAAUAAAAAUUCUUUUUAUAACAAUAACAAAGAAUUGUUUCAAAAGUCAACAACAAAUGUAUCGAGUAUUGGGCAAGUAUGGGUUAACGAAGAUUCCCAUAAUAUUGGUAAAGGGAAGACAAAUUAUGCCCCUAACUGUCAUUCUACUCUGCAAAAUGUGGCUACAUUCAUGGUACCGAAUAACGCUCCCGAUGUUCUCGAUGAUAUAUUCCAUAAUAAAAAAGAUUCAAAAACUUGUGUAUUAGAUCAACAAUUUGUAACCGUACUUGAAGCCGCAGGAGAAUCGUGCAGAAACGCAGAUUCGUGGACCACUAGACAUCGCUUCACAGCAGCACGACGCCAUGCACUGCAAUACGGAGUAGGGAAAAAAAUUCAACGUAAAUCUGAGCCAAUGCAACGUUAUUAG